AUAAUUAAAUGGAUAAUGAAAUCCAAAUCCAUAAUAAAGUAAAACGAAUCAAAGAAAGAUAUGUUCAUGAAGCUAUGCUCCUGGUUGAACAUUGGAGGUAUGAUACAUAUAUAUAUGAUAGGAGCUUAUACUAAUAACCUUAUCUCUAGAAUGGGAGAUAAUUAAAAAUUACUUUGGAUAAAGCUGCUGAAAUAGUAGGAAUCCCUAGAAAAACUUUGGAGGACUACUAUUAUCAAUUGAAGAAAGCAGAGAUUUUAGGUAUAACCUCAGAAUAUUGUUAGUUGAUCUUUAAAAUUUUAAGAAUUGCAAAAUAGGAGUGAUUCGAAGAAUUGUUAAAGAGAGCAAAAAGUAAUCAGAAACAACUACUCACUUUAUUGAUACAAAUGAUUUCUUUUAAAAAGAAAAUGAAACCAAUGACAAUAGAAAAAACAGUUUUGAAUAUGAUGAUUGA